AUGUCACUCACGUGGCCUUGGCACUUCGUGACCGUCUCACCAGCCGAGAAGCAACAGCGUCGGGAGCUUCUAACCAUUCGCGGAUAUUAUGCUCAAGGCUCCGUGUUGCUAGUCAUUGCCAUCAUUCGACUAUAUCAUAUCUACCAUGAAAGUACAAAGAGCGCAGAUAAACCCAACAACAGACGCGCUCGUAAGCCGAAAUCAUGGUUGGAUUCUCCGCUCUUUCCGGGCUGGACCGAAACACGAAAGCAAUAUAUCUUCUCUCUCCUCUGGCUAGCAUGGCUAGUGAGUCUUUCGAUUUGGAACACAGGGGAUGAUUACCUGCAUCUCACCAAAGCUUUAGGCCAUGUUGGCCUCUCGCAGCUCCCCUUCCAAGUGCUCAUGUCGCCUGCUCUAUACAUCGCUCCUUCGAAACCCGGAGCGCCAUCGCCUCUGUCAGUGUUGACGGCUAUUCCACAGCCGUUUCUAACGCCCUAUCAUCGGCUCCUAGGCCGAUUGGUCCUGUCGCCGUUACUUGCCGGACAUGCUAUCUUGUACCUAUCUUUCUUUAUACAGUCCAGUCAUCCGGAUUUUAGCUCGCUAAUAGAGAAACGUAUCCAAGACGCCGAUGUUCAAUGGGGUCUUGGUGGAAUCACCAUGGCGAUAUUACUGAUGGGUUUCGCACGACCUUUGAGUGCCUCUCGUGGCAUGUGGUCCUGGACUACUGCCCCGAUCAAAACCAAACGACAGGCUUUCUACAUCACGCACCUAUUUUUGGUAGGGGCUUUGUGUUUUGCGGCUUACUUUCAUGUUCCUCAGGCCCAGCUGUUUGUUUUAGAGGCCGUGCUGGGGUUUGGAAUCAAUUUUGCAUGUGGUUGGACUGUGAAACGAUAG